AUGUCAGGUGCCAUCCUGGGACGUUCAGAGACGCAGGAAUGUGUGUACUACAACUCCAGCUGGGAGAAGGAUCGGACCAACCGCAGCGGCAUCGAGCCCUGCUACGGUGAGCCGGAAAAGCGCCGGCACUGCUUUGCCACGUGGAAGAACGUCUCUGGCGCCAUUGAGAUCGUCAAGCAAGGGUGCUGGCUGGAUGACGUCAACUGCUACGACAGCAACGAGUGUGUAGAGAAAAAGGACAACCCCGACGUUUUCUUCUGCUGCUGCGAAGGCAACAUGUGCAACGAGAGGUUCAUGUACACCCCUGAUUCUCCCCCGCAGAACGACCUGCGCCAUUCAACCGCCUACACCACCUCCAACCCGUUUUCCCAGAAGCCCCAGCUCUUCAGUACCCUGCUCUACUCCCUGGUUCCCAUUGUGGGCCUGGCCGCCGUGGUCGUCCUCUCGUUCUGGAUGUGGAGGCAUCACAAACUGGCGUACCCAGCUGCGCUCGUCCCCACUCAUGAUCCCGGACUCUCACCCCCAUCCCCCGUGAUGGGCCACAAACCCCUACAGCUGAUCGAGAUGAAAGCCAGGGGGCGCUUCGGCUGCGUGUGGAAGGCCCAGCUACUGAACGAUCACGUGGCAGUGAAGAUCUUCCCCAUUCAGGACAAGCUGUCUUGGCAGAACGAGUACGAGAUCUACAGCGUGAGCGGCAUGAAGCACGACAACAUCCUCCACUUCAUCGGCGUGGAGAAGAGGAACAACAACCUGGACCUGGAGCUGUGGCUCAUCACCGCCUAUCACGACAAGGGCUCUCUGACAGACUACCUGAAGGCCAACGUGCUGUCCUGGAACGAGCUGUGCCACAUCGCUCAGUCGGCGGCCCGCGGCCUGGCCUACCUGCACGAGGACAUCCCAGGACACAAGGACGGCCACAAACCCUCUGUCGCCCACAGGUGCCUGAUUUAUAGAGCCAUGACUGUCGAGCCUUCUGAUACACAGGCGUCACCUUCCCUCCGAUCUCUUCCGCUCAAACUGUGUUACUGGUCCCUGUCUUAUCUUAGGGACAUUAAGAGCAAGAACGUGCUUCUUAAGAACAACCUGACGGCCUGCAUAGCUGACUUUGGCCUCGCUCUGAAGUUUGAGGCUGGGAAAUCAGCUGGGGACACUCAUGGCCAGGUUGGGACGCGGCGCUACAUGGCCCCGGAAGUGCUGGAGGGCGCCAUCAACUUCCAGCGCGACUCCUUCCUGCGCAUCGACAUGUACGCCUUCGGCCUGGUCCUCUGGGAGCUGGCCUCACGGUGCACAGCGGCCGACGGCCCCGUAGACGAAUACAUGCUCCCGUUCGAGGAGGAGGUGGGUCAGCACCCGUCUCUGGAGGACAUGCAGGAGGUGGUGGUGCACAAGAAGCUGCGGCCGUGCCUCCGAGACUGCUGGCAGAAACACGCGGGUCUGGCCAUGCUCUGCGAGACCAUCGAGGACUGCUGGGACCACGAGGCCGAGGCCCGCCUGUCCGCCGGCUGCGUGGAGGAGCGCAUCGGCCAAAUGCAGCGCCAGGCCCCCAUCAUCGGCCCUGAGGAGAUAGUCACCGUAGUCACCAUGGUGACAAACGUGGACCUCCCUCCCAAGGAGUCCAGCUUAUGAUCAGCCAAUCAACCGACGCCUGGAUGAGCUUACGGAAAUCAACGGGAGGAGAUAAUUGGCCAACCCUGGUUGGUUGGCUUGGUGUGUUUUUUUUUUUUUCCGUUUUAAGUUUAUCUUUUUCUCUACCUUUUUUUUUUUUUUCCUCCCUCCGUUCUGGGUUCCUUAAAGUGCGGGCCGCUACGCGCGUUCAGGAAGCACCCUGCGCCCCUCUUACCGCAACAGUCGACAUCCACCUCUUUUUCUUUUCUUUUUUUCUUUUUUUGUGUUG